CAGCGCUGAUGGUGGCUGGCCGGGUAACCCAGAUCGGACGUACCGAAGCGUCCAAUCCAGUCAAUUCCCUGACGCCACUCGCCAGUGCCGCGUCGUCCGCCGAGCAUAAUCAGCCGAUUUUCCAAGCCUUUCGAAUCUCAACCGACGACAAAACGUGAUCAUACGGAUUUUUAUCAGCUAGCAAUAAUAACUUAGUUAUUAUUACUGUUACCGGACUCGCGUGUCAUCGAGAAAACCUCACUGACCGGUUGACGGUGCGAGGCAUGCACGGUGGAAAAGUGUUCCGUUGCUGCUGAGAGUUCUUCAUAAAAACAUCAUUGACAGAGCUCCCUGAUACAGAGAACGGUUCCAUCAGUUUGGCAUUAAAUUGCCUGGAGGUGAGCAAGGAAUUCCCCACAGCACGAGGUUGAGAGAUACUGCAGAAGAUCUGCCGAUCGUAGUUAUGCUACAACGCAAUUUGGAGGAAAAUUAGCUGUUAGUUAAUUCGUCAAGGGCGAAAUAAAGGGAGGCAUGGCAUUUCGACUAAGCGUGAGUGUUGUGCUGACAGUGGUAGCCCUUCUCGUGAGCGGCCAAGAUGCGACCUUGCGCGAUUCGAAGGCUUCAAUAGAGAGCAGUGUGAAAAUUCCAAAGAGCAUUAGUUACCAGGAUAAACUGGAACAAAAUGUAAUUCACAAUGAUCAGUAUUUUGCUAAUCACAGAGCUGAGGAGACGCCGUCGCCAGAAGAUUCUCUUGAUGGUGCUUCAGAUCACAACGAGUCAGAUUUUCAUUCCUUACCGUGGAAGCCUUCGAAGUUUGACAGAGAUGUAUCGGAUCUUAUUCUUACCGAUGUCAAGUCACUGCAUGAAAGUGAGGCCACGAGGCUGGGAGCUGAACGUCAGAAGGAGAAGAGCAACAUUAUGGAAAAAAGUGAAUUGGGUGGAGCAGAAACGAUCGGUUUAUCUGAUGAUCUUCGGAAUUCCCUCCGACGGACGGACAGUUAUUUAGGCAAAGAAGAAACAACGGUUCAGGAUAAAAGUGACAAAAAUAAUCAGCGCUGCAAUAAGACGCUAUCAAUAGCUUGCCUAGAGGCGGACUUUGGACACUUGAUUGAGAAGAUGUCCAACUUUGAAGUUUACAACGUCACAGAUUUCAUUCAGAUCGUAAGAAAUCCGAGGUCCGUCGAGACGAGUGAUGUCCGUGGCAAUGAAAACUCGGUCGUCGACAAGGUUUCACGGUAUGCCAGGCAGCAUGUGUUGAAAUUCAAAAUGCCAUCCGACGUGUCGUUAGCAAGAGCUUCGCGAACAUUUUUUGGUGCUUUUUUUCAGGAAAAGAGUUCGUUUUUAACAGGGUUCGGGCUUGGUUUUUUAGCAUUUGGCCUCAAAAAGCUCAUGAUGCCGCUAUUCAUUGGGAUGCAGAUCGUUAAGAGCGUUCUCAUCGCAAUGUUUUUACCCAGCAUCAUUGGAGCGAUCGGGAAGUUCGUCGGAAAAGGCGUGUCAACCUUCUCGCAGGUAUCACAGACACCCACAAAUCAACCAGAAGAGAGCUUCGAGUUCAAGGAUAAUGCGGACAUCUACAAUGCUGACUACAUGAACAAUCAGCCGAUAGGAACAUUGCCAGCAUCGGCGAUGUACAGUCAUCCGAGUGUGCUGCAGAGCGAGACCCAGUACAUGGGUAUUCCCGGAGCAAAUCAGAGAAUAUCGUAUGGCAACGCUUUGUCGGAUAAUUACUACUCAAGGAAUUCAAUGCAGGGGACUACCAAGCGGCAAGAUUACAAGGUUUUCCACGAGAUUCCCACAAGUUCUCUUCUACUGACAAACUACGAUCCAUUUUAUUCACCGCUUCUGUCAAGACUGGAUGCUGUCUUCAGUAGAUUGGGGCAUUCUACCGAACCGUGCAGGGAGUACGCGAUUUGUGCGAUGUACAGAAGUCCGGCACGAUACGCGCCGUACUCAAACCUCGUUUCAGCCCAGCUCUCGAAGGAAUUGAACGAGCUGCGGAAACCGACAUCAGACAACCCGGAUGUCUUGAGGUUCUUCAAAUACAUGAAAGCGGCAAAAGACGGCCAGGAUGGAAUUGUGUGCGAAGAAGUUUACACGGAAUGCGCAAGCCGAGGAAGUUCUUCGGGGCAAAAUCAAGCGAUGCUUGCCACGUAUCAGGAUAUAAACAAGCUAGUCCAAGCUCGAAAAAUAUAACCGACUCGCAGUCAUGCGUAACACAUAGGAUGUAGAUGAUGUAUGUAGAAAGCAGGAAAAAUAUGUGGAACAGGUGUGUUUCAUUGAAUUUAAUUUUAUCCGCGUUCCUUGGUCACACUUUGAGCAGUGCGGUUUACUCAAUGGGUUUACGGAUCUCUCAUAAUCAGAGAAGUCUGAAACUACAAGGAGAAUUUCGUGUUAGCUAGACGUGUUCGUGACUCACACCAUCUUCCAUUUCGUCUCUUUUUAUUAGCACGUCGUAGAGCUGCUUACAUGUCACCGAAAGAAAAUCUGUUGUAGCUUUUACUUACGACUGGAUUAUCGAUUGCUCUAGUGAGCAAACUGAAAACGCUACUUUCCUUGAGAUUAUCGUCAAGCUACAGAGACCCCGCUAAUUGGAGGCGAAAAAUUUGUGAACUCUAAAAGUGGAAACGAAAAUCCACAUUGCCAAAUUCUUUGGUUACACAAUCAGUAGGAAUCUAGCAAAAACUAUAAAUCAAAUUGCAGUUUCCAUACCAUUCGAUUAUGUGGACUAUUUUCAAAUUUGCUCAAGAAAUUAUCAGUCAAAAACGAAUAUAUAAGGGCCAUACAAAAUGUGGAUAUGGCUCUAGUCAAGAUUCCAGGAAGAGUAUUGCUUCUAAGAGCUCGAUUAUAUUCUUUCAAAUAGUAUGAUUUUCUCGUGCAAAACAGAGAAGAAAGUAUCGUCAAAAGAAUUUUUUUGAUAUUCAUUUUAUCUUAGCACAUUCAAAACAUCUUCAAAACAUUCAAAAGAUUUUUGAUGAGGGUUACUGGAAAAUGUAUCAACGUAAAUUGUUUUAAACGCUGUGUUCAAUUAUACAAGCAACAGUUUUGUAGAUGAUAUUCUUUACCGUGGCCGCCAGCUAUUAGUAAAAUAUGAAAAUCCGCGUAUUCUGUCAGUUUUCGAUGCUUUACCUGUUAUAAGUUAGAAGAAGAAAUUGAAGAUGAUUAUAUAUAGCCAGAGAAGGGUAUAAGAUCGAUCAGACACGGGAUAUCACUCACGUAUUUUCUUUAAAUAGUAUGUACAUUGAGUUAAAGGUGAGUGAGGUUGGCGAUUUCUGAUAAGAGUGAAGUUUACCGUAUGCGCCAAUGUAAUUACACGAAUCAGAUAUCGCUCAUCCACAUGCGUGACACAUGUAUUUUGUCCAAUACCUGUGAAGGAAAGCUUGAUUUGAGAAGUAAAAAAAUGUAAUAUAAUAAUUUUAAAAAAAGUAGAUCAAGGGCAAUCAAGAGGUCCAAAGGUGUAGGCCCGGUUUCAUGAAACCUAACCUAAACGCGCAAGCUUUAGGUUGAACUCAGCCCAAUGACGUCACUGGUGAUGCGUAAAGUCCAUGCGCAAAAUGUUGUUAUCGGGAACUUCGGAUGCGCCAGUGUGUAAGAUUGAGAAUUUCAGUCAAUUACAUGCGCCAGCGUCGUUUUACAGUUCUGUUUAAAAAUUGGGCACCCCACACACGCUUCACAGACUUCGAAAAUACUAGCUUUCCAAGAAUGUGCUGGAAGAAAGAUAUUUCCAUUUAUUUUCUCGCGGAUGUACAAAGGCCAGUGAUCUGAGAAUGUAUUGUAUUGAACAUUUUCCAAUCAUGUCCCACACCUGUUCCAAUUUGGUAGCUUAUAGGUGUCGCCUUGCCACGGUCCAUAAUCAGCCAAAAUAACGGUGUUCAAGAAAAAGAAAGCGUUGGACGGUGACGGAAUAACCCUCGAUUGCUUGUGCCCAGUUUGGAAUAACAUUGUCAGAAACGAAGAUUAUAUUUUAUCUUUGCGAUCAGUGGCUACUUGACUUUCGUUGAAAGUGAUUUACCAAAUCAGGGUAAUCAUAGCAAUCAAUAUACGUAAUUAUGUAGAAAAAGAUAGACUACAUCACGUGUUCAAAAAUCACACGAAUGACGUGUCAUGAAAAUGUUUUAGAUUAAUUUGUCCAUAUUUAUUUUAUUUAUUUGUAACAUAAUACGCGUAACUAUAUUUAUAUCUAUCUUAAGACACAUUGCAAACCAUAGAUCGAUGAUAGUUUUCAGAGUGUGAAGUGAAAUUCUGUAUUAAUAUUUAAUACGUAUACUGCGAGCGGAUGUACUAUAUUUUGUUUGAUAGCAAAAUAUGUAAUAUAUAUAUAUAUAUGUAUAUGAAGUGUACGAAUAA